UAUCUGUGCAGGAAUAGAAGACUUAGCGAACAGUAUCAAGUCCAGGCUGACAGGAGAAUUCAGUUGGAAAUCAUGGGCUAUUGACAAAGCCAUUUCUAUCGGUAUAUCUAUUUUUUGCUUUGGAGUUGAAAAACUAAUUCCGAGAAUCAGAACACUGGUUGGAGUGGCCAAUCCCACUGUUGAGAGAUCUACAGAGUUGGUUGAGGUAAUAGGCAGACAAUUGAAGCCAAUGCCAGAGUUUCUCUCCAGACAGGCUAAAAAUAGUCUUAGUGUUGCUGCAAAUACAAAUAUGAAAAAUGUUGUGUCACUCACUGCAGAGAAAAUUGGAAAAGAAAUCAGCACCUAUGGAUAUGGAAAGGCAGAACAGGAAAAACUGUCAGAAAUACUAAAGUUCAUUAAAAAUGACAUGAAUAAAGGAAUUGCUGAUGACGUGAAAGCCAACAUGGAAAAGGAGUCUUUGGCUGUAUUAGUAGACUCCAUUAUACUCUCACACCUUCAGGAUAAACAGCAAUUUACUGAUCUGCUGCAGGAUAGGUCUAGAAAGGAUAAACUUCUGGCCAUUUUCAAAGACUUGGGCAGCACUGCCUUACAACCAUUCUAUGCAGACCUUAGCUGGCAGAAUAAGCUUAACUCAUCUAUUUCCUCAGUGAUCACCAGAGUUCAAUCAGAAAACAAAGACACAAGUGCCAUUCUGACUGCCAUCCAAGACAUCCACAUAGGAUCACUGAUAGAAGAAGCCACCAGUACUGUGCUCAGCCUCUCAAACAAGUUUUUCUCAAAUCUUCAUGAUGACCUGAAUCAAUUUAAAAAAGAAAAUGGUCUGGCAGAGAAAGUCAAUCAAAAUGAGCUGCUUGCUUCACAAACUGAGAUGCUGAAAGAAUUCAAGAGUGAUUUAGCUGACACCAUCAGUGCUUUGUUAGCGGAUGAUUUGGGAAAUGUGUUUCAAAAGAAAUUCUCAACUCACAUUGUUUCUCUUGCCCAAAAUAGAGUAAAUGGCAUUGUUUGUGAUUAUGUGACAGCUGGCUUAAAGAGUUACAGGACAGAGGAAAACCUCAGAGCUGGACAAAACAACAGUUUCAUUAAAGAUAUGUCAGUAGACCCAAAUUCACAAUUUGUGAAAGAGCCAGAAAAACACUCUCAGUUACAUGCUGAAAAGAUCAGGGAAUCCAAGACACCAGGAACCAUUCUCGAUAUAAGAAUCCUGUCAGAAACCCUUGGCCUUAAGGUUGUCAUCCAAACAGAGGACCGCCAUGGGAAACGUGUCAUAAUGCAGGAGCUGAACCCAGGAACUAAACCUGCCAGUGAAACUGUGACGCUGAUCUACAGACCGAAGAGUGACCAAUACCCAGAUGGCCAUUAUGAUGUGCUCAUCAAUAAUCAGACAGUGAGUGUAAACAAAGACAAAAGCUGCCUGUUUUAUGCUUUGGCAAAGGGCCUGAAACCAGAGGCCAGUGAAGGAGACAUAGCCUCGGAAGCAGACCACCUGCGAUCUGUGGAAGCCAACGUUCUCCUGAAACACCCAGGCCAAUGGGAACCUUUCAUCAAGCGCAAAGAGUGGACCGAAACUAUCAGAGGAGGGGACUGGUACAUGGCAGAGGGAGCAGCAAGAGAGAAAAAAAUGAGAAGAAAUAAAAUUAGAGAAACUAAGAAGGUUCUUACGGAACACAUUGUGCAAGUGAAACCAUACAAAGAGUUGCGAAAGGAAGCAAAGAACAAACCAGGGAUUGGACAAUUCAUGAAUGCAGACCACCAGCUGCCUGUAAGCAGUAUUCAUAAAGCAUUGGAUUUGAACCAGAACAGUAAAUUAGCUAAAGCUAUGUUUGGGACAAGCGCAUCUCCACUGGAUGAAAACCUUGUACAGAAAAUAUACAGUGAUCAUGGACCUGGACUUCCAACUCUGUAUGUACCAAGUGAGAUUUGUCGACAGUACUCCAGUACAAAAUCCAAAAAAAUCAGGGAGUUAUUGACAGAAGCCAUAAACAGGGAUGAUAUUGUCGCCACCUUCAAACUGACCAUCCUUGGUGCAAUGCCCAGGUUUAUGCAGGACAACUCCAGGGGCUUCAACAAUUUUCAGAAUACAGAAAUGAGUCGUACCAGACUGAAAGUUUUCCAGGACAGUUUUCCAGAACACUCUAAGGAAUUAGUAAAUGCAUGGUUCAGAGUCCUGGAAGACAAUUCUGAUCUCAUGAAGCCAGAGAUUAAAGAAGAAAUGAUUACCUGGAUUGACCAGAAAACAUAUGAUGACCUAAAUGAUCCAUACAGGAACAAAGUCAUUAACCCCCUUCAAUAAAGGACAUUAAUGAUUCAUGAGGAGCUGUUUGGUCAAGAGGAAGUAUCAUGCAGGAAGAGACUUGCAGAUGAAUGUGGAAUAUUUGAAACAAAAGCGACCAGAAUUUAAAUGCCUAUAAAUACAAGGUGUGUAAGGCAGAGUUUGGUCCAACCUCCAUUUCAGUCCAAAUAGUUUGUUCAAAUCCAGUAUAAAGAGAAAUAUCUGCUAAUAUUAAUGCAUGUUGUUUCAUGUUUUGAAAUAACGAUCUUAAUGUUUCUGUUAGAAUCUAGUUUUAAAAUCGGAAACUAACCUGAAUGAUUAGUGCAUUUUUUCUGCUGAUUGCAAUUUUAACACAUUUAUGUGUAAUUCACUUUAAGAAGUUUUAAGUCCAUGCCUUAUUUAACAAACAAUCCAAUGACAGUUCUAGUUGCAAGGAUGAGUGGUAACAGCUGUCUUUCACUUGAACGCAAUUGCAUGGAAUAUUUUUGGAAAUUUACUUAAGAUUUCGGUCAGAAAGGCUAUUCAUUAUUGCAGCAUGUGCAUUUUUUAUGUGGAAUACUUUAAAGAAAAGCAACCCGAAUUUAAAAGCCUAUACUGCAACCUGUGUUAACAAAUGUGUUUGUUCAAAUCCAGUGGAAAGAAAUAACUGCUAACAUUUAAUGCAUGCUGUUUGGUGUUUUGAAAUAAUGAUCUUAAUGUUUCUGUUAGAAUUUAGUUUUACAAUGCUUGUUGAAUGUUUUUGAAAAUGUACUUAGAUUUGUUUCAGAAAGGCUAUUAAUUAUUGUGACAGUGACAAUCUAUGUAUUCUUCAUUUGUCCUUAA